AUGAGAGAGGCAAGUGCUCCUGGAACUAAGGUUCCUGGCGAUGCGGAAUCAGACGCGACCGGCGAUGUGGCGGUGAAGCCUCUUCAUGGUGAGGAGCACCUAUGGGACCCAUCACAAAAAAAAACAAAAUCAAAAGUUGAGGCGCGCAAUUGGGGGCUCUGGAGGGUUUUAAAAGCGCUCGAGAGUUCGGAGACCAUCGAAGCCACACCAGACCAGAUCAGACUGCGAGCUUUCAUCUUCUGUAUUUCGUUUGAUCGUAACAUGCUCAUGGCCUCAAACAGGUGA